AUGGUCCUAAAGCUGUAUGAUAAAAAUGAAAUCGAUAAUGAACGAUUAUUAUCGGUUGCGUCAUGUAUAAUUAGAGAUCGUCUUUAUUUCCUAUCUUGCAAAACUCCACCAAGAAGUAAUUCCUCCAUUCAUUUUUUUUCCAUUGAUGAAGAAUUAUGUUAUGAAAAUUUUUAUGCAGAUUUCGGUCCACUGAGUCUUGGUCAACUAUACAAAUACUGUAGUAAACUAAACAAAAAGCUCAAGUCUGGUAGUUUAAACGAAAAGAAAAUUGCACACUUUACAUCACAUGAUUCACGUAAACGAGCGAAUGCUGCGUUUCUCAUUGGAAGUUUUCAGAUCAUAUAUUUGGGACGUACACCAGAAGAAGCGUAUAAACAUUUAACUUUAAAUGAUAAUCGACCAUUUCUCCCUUUUCGAGAUGCCUCUUUUGGUGCAUCUACCUAUCACUUAACAUUGUUGGAUUGUUUAUUUGCUGUCAAUAAAGCUUUACUUAAUAAAUUUCUCGACUUUGAUACAUUUGAUUUACAAGAAUAUGAACAUUUUGAGAAAGUGGAAAAUGGUGAUCUCUCUUGGAUAAUACCAAAUAAAUUUCUUGCGUUUUGUGGACCACAUUCACAAACGAAGAUAGAAAAUGGUUAUCCUCUACAUUCACCGGAAGCUUACUUUCCAUAUUUCCGAAAACGAAAUGUAACCACUAUAAUUAGGUUGAAUAAAAAAGUUUACGAUGCUAAACGGUUCACCAAUGCUGGCUUUGCUCAUUAUGAUUUAUUUUUUACUGAUGGGAGUUGUCCAUCUGAUCAAAUAAUGAAUCGAUUUUUAGAAAUAUGCGAAAAUGUCUCGGGAGCAAUCGCUGUACAUUGCAAAGCUGGUUUAGGUCGUACUGGUACAUUGAUUGGAUGUUAUUUGAUGAAACAUUAUAAACUUACUUCUCGUGAAGUGAUUGGUUGGAUUCGUAUCUGUCGUCCUGGUUCAAUUAUUGGACCACAACAACAUUGGUUGGAUUUGAAACAACCAAUUUGUUGGCAAUUCGGUGAAAUUUACAGGGGAAAACAACGUCAGUUAACAACAUCACAUUCAGUAGAAUCAUCAAUGAGUAGUGAUGAAGAUUUAAAUGUAGCAGAAACAGUAAAAUUACAAACUACUGUAAAGAAAAAUGAUUUAUUAACUCAAAGAUCUUCUGAAAAUGGAUUAUUAGUUAAAAGUGGUAGAAUUUGUAAAUCUGUUACUCCAGUAUCAUUGGCUAGGUCCAACAAUAAUUCAAAUGAUCUUGGCAUUAAAAAUCAUUGCACUAUUCCAUCUAUUUUAUGUUCCGAAAUUUUGUUUCUAAACAGUCAUGUUCAAAAUCAACAUAAAAGAUGUUUGAGUAAUAAUAGUAAUAGAAAUAACACUAAUAAAAAUAGUAAUAAUAGCAUGAAUAAAAACAUCAAAUUGAAUAUCGGCAAUACAAGAAAAACAACGAAAACGACAACAACAACAACAACCACUACUACUACCACUAAUAAUAAUAAUAUAGGUUCUCUUGCAAUCAGUACUGAUAAUACUGCCAGUAGUAAUGAUAGUAAUAAUGAUAAUAGUGGUGUCAGUGAUAGCAAUAGUAACAGUCUUAGUAUUAGUAGUAGUAUUAUCAGUAAUAACAGUAGAAGUAGUAGUAGCAGUAGUGCAUCUAUCACUGAGACUCUCACUAAUUCUCCACGAUGUUACAAUAUAACUGUUAAAAAUAUUAAUUUAUCACAAUCAUCUAAUGACCAAUCAAAAAAUGCAUUAAAAUCAAAAAAUAAUAAAUCUUUAUCAAAAACCAAUUCAGAUAUUUCAUCGAAAUGUUUUGACCGUGAAGUGAUUAUUAAUCCAAAUUUAAUUGAUAAACAAAAAUCAAAGAAAUUAUCUAAAUUAAAUUCAAAAUCACGUAUUAGUCAAGGUGAUCAGUUAAAUAGAAUAAAAGCAAUGAGACGUCCAAUGCAACAGCGUUUAUCAGAUUCCCCAAAACGCAGUAAUAUCAAAUCAACAAACUGUAAUAGUAACUUGAAUCGUACCUUCGAUUGUACGUCAAGUAAUCCAACUGAUAUACAUGAUUUAUAUCGUGGUUCCGUUUCAUGUACAUCAUCCAUUACAAAUAUUCAAGAUCAAUUGCCUGGAUCUACGCUAACCUAUUCAUCUAGUCCUGACCACUAUAAUAAUAUUAAUUCGUUAUACUCAAACACGAGGAAUAGAAAAAGUUUAAAUAUAUCUCCGAUAUAUACGGGUAAUAAUUAUUCAAGAACACAACCUGAUGCCUACACAAAGUGUACUCCAUCGACUAUUGUAUCUCCAACUGUUCCAUCACAUUUUUCUCGAUAUUCAACUCGUCAGUCGUCAAAUCGUAACAACAGUGGUUCAAUCACAGUUAGAGUACGCAAUAAAAUUGGAGUGAAACGUACUAAACCGACUACUGACAAUAAUAAUAAUAAUAAUCUAACUAUUACUGAAAAUAUUGUUGAAAAAGAGAAGUUGAUGGGUAAUUCAGUUUCAUUAUUAACUAACCGAUCAGUUGUAUCACCAUCAAUGAAAACAACUACAAUUAUCACAAGCGAUACUUCAGUACCAAUAAAACGUGCAUCAUCAACAAUAAAAAAAUCUCUUAAUUUGGGGAAUACAGUCCCAUUUGCUACUUCUCCUGAUAUCAUACACAAUAACUGUAAUGAUGCAAAAUGUAAUUAUGGUCAUCACAGUAGUGAUUUGACUAAUAUUCCUGUAUAUGACAAUGUUGCACAAAGUGAAUUAGAUCCAUUAAUCAAUAUGAAAUAUUCUCCAUUGUCUACCAAUAAUCGAUAUAGUUUUAGUGAUGUUCUAAAUCCAGUUACAAUGAAUUAUACAGAUAAUUUUAAUGUCAAUAAUAAUAAUAAUAAUAGUAAGAGUCAUGGUUCAAUAAAAACCCCGACAUAUAAUCUUAGACACAGUGUCCGCCAAGAACAAGAAAGACAUCGCUUAUGCAAACAAAAAUCUUCCACUCCUAGUGAUUAUUUCACUAAAACGAAUUAUAUUGAUUCAACUGUCGAUACUCCUUCCAGUCGUCAUUCUACAAAAUUUCGAGGAACAAAGACAAUCCGACUACCUAUGACGACAUUGUACUCUCAAGAUCCUUUAUUCAUUCGAAAUAAUCAAUCUGCAGCAGCCGCAGCGGUUAAACCACCAUCACCAACAGUUACAUAUUCGGUUAAUAAAACUUCCAGAGAACCAUAUUUUACUAGAUCUGUUCGUGCUCGAGCACUACAUAAUUCUAUGACAGAUUUAUCUAAUCUGUUAAUUGGAUCACAUUUAUCUGAUUAUUCAAAUAACAGUAGUAGUAGCAGUAGUAGUAUGACUUAUGAUUCUUUACCACCAACUAGUCAAAAUUCCAAUACAUCAGUUAAUCUGUACACCAGCCCAUCACCAUCAUCAUUAUUAAGUGAUCUAUCAGUGUCAAAUAACACUCAAACUCCUUUGUCAUUUUCUUCACUCCCAAUGAGAUUUCAUUUUCGUCAUCCGAAUAUAAUAAAGAAUAAUGAUCAAAAUCAUAUUCAUUAUGGACAUUCAUCUUAUGCAUUUUAUUAA